AUGGUCAAGACGAGGAGAGUGUUUCUGCAAUUAGACAUUACCAAUGUCAUACUGCCACAUAUGCGCAGCCGCAAGGUCGGAACCAUCGUGUUAACUGGCAGUCGGACCGUGUGGCAUGCACACACCGUUGGAUUUCACAUUGUUUCCAAAGCCGCUAUACAUUCGAUCAGUGAAACUCUCGCCGCAGAGCUCGCUGCCCAGGGGGAGUUCCGCACAGAAGGAAAUAACAAGGCAGUUUACUCUAUGAACGACCACGUUUCGAAUUACGAUGGCGUUCGAGAGCUCGUGCAUGAGAAGCUGAAAGAACGCUUCAUGAAGGUCAAAGGUGACCUAGCAAAGGCGAUGGACGUCCUCGUUGAUGUCGUAAGAGGAAAAGGCAAGGCGGGAGGUAGACCAUCCUCGGAGAUCCCACAUACGAGGCAGCUAAAGCAUAUUUCGAACAGCUGA